AUGGAAAUAGGAAAUAAGGUUUACCUAAAUAACAUUGACCAGAUAGAUGAAAAAUCGCAUAUCAAGGUUCGGGUGCUUAAAAUUUGGAAAUUUGUCAGAAAUAAUAAAGUUUGUUCGAUUGAAAUGAUCAUCAUGGACGAGGAGGGUACACAAUACCAAGCUCGCGUCUUCAAUCAAAAUUUCUCCAGAUUUCGUCAUCUUUUAAAGGAAGAUGAAAAUCAAUCAAUCAACAUUGUUCGUCAAACUCAAAAUGUCAAUACAUUUGAAACACCUGCAAAGCAUAACACAACCAUACAAUACUGGCCUUCCUUUACAGAUAUUAGAACUCCAUUUUCUAACAUUACAAAUGUUAUAAAUCCGUUAUCUAACAAUAGAAAUGAUAUCAUCAGUUUCGAUAAAUAUACCACUUCCAAAUUAGCAAACAAAAGACAGUACCAUGUACUUUCAAAUGAAAUGACAUCAAAAAAUGCAUCCACAGUAACAACUUCUUCAUCAUCAAUCAAGUUAAAAACGAAGACAAGACAUUUAUCCUCUAUCCCAUUGAUUGAUCUGACAGAAGAUGUAGAAAAUAUACAUCAAGUGAACAAUGAAAAUUUUAUAGUUGGUAUCUCAAAUGAAUAUUUGGAUCAUGGUGAUCAAGUUGUUGUAUGUCAAACAUGUCGUGCAAAGUUAUGGAGAAAUGAAUCCAUUAGAGGUAAAGAAAAGGGAAACACGGAUUAUUCAUUAUGUUGUGGUUACGGCAAAGUUCAACUUCCAGAUUUAAAGAAUGCACCCCCGACUUAUGAAAGAAUGUUCCGAAAUAUGGACUCAAAAAGCAAACAUUUCAUGAAAAACAUUCGACGUUACAAUUCAAUGUUUUCUUUCACGUCGAUGGGUGGUAAAAUUGAUUCUUCAAUCAAUAGAGGAAACGCUCCAUACAUUUUCAGAUUGGGUGGUCAAAAUUAUCAUAGUAUUGGAAGUCUUUUGCCAGCAAAAGGAUCGGAACCAAAAUUCUCUCAGUUAUACAUUUAUGACACUGACAACGAAAUUACAAAUAGACAAAGAUGUUUUCGUGGUGAAAAGGAUCAAUCAACAUCAACUGAUAGUGAUAUUAUUGAAGAUAUUAAGGUGAUGUUAGAUUCAAAUAAUGUGUUGGUUAGAUCUUAUAGGAUGGUAAGAGAUACUUUUGAGAAAAAUCUAGAAGUUGAUAUGAAAUUACGACUUAUCGGGAGAAGGGAGCAAGAUGGAAGAACAUAUAACCUACCGAUUGCUUCUGAGGUUGCUGCUUUAAUAAUUGGUGACAUUUCGGAUUCAAUCGAGAAGAGGGAUAUCGUCGUUCAAACAAAAAAUGGUUGUCUACAACGUAUCAGUGAAUUGCAUCCUUCGUAUCUUCCUCUCCAAUAUCCAUUGCUAUUUCCAUAUGGGGAUGAUGGUUAUAGUGUUGACAUUCUUCAUAGAGGUGUGCCAUUUACGAACAACAGCAAGCGUGCGAAAUGUACAAUGAGAGAAUAUUUCGCUUAUAGGAUUCAAGACAGAGAUCAUUCGUUUUCUCUCAUACUUAAUUCAAGAAGGUUGUUUCAACAAUUUCUGGUAGAUGCCUACACUAUGAUGGAAACGGAGAGAAUGUACUACAUACGUAGGCAACAACAUGUUCUUAGAUGUGAUUCUUAUGAAAAUUUACGUAACCAAAAAGCUCAAGGAACGACUGAUAUCUCGAAUGUCGGCCAACGUGUCAUAUUACCUUCAUCCUUUACCGGAGGUGCACGUUAUAUGCUGCAAAACUAUUUGGAUGCCAUGUCACUAUGCAAAUGGUUUGGAUAUCCUGAUUUCUUCAUAACCUUUACGUGUAAUCUCAAAUGGCCUGAGAUUAAAAGGUUUCUUAAGGAUACUUCACUUCAACCAAAAGACAGGCCUGAUAUACUAUGUAGGUUGUUCAAGAUCAAGCUUGAUGCAUUCAUUAAAGACUUAAGGGAUAAUCAAAUUUUCGGCAAAGUUCAAGCAUAUGUUUAUACAAUUGAAUUCCAAAAAAGAGGUUUGCCGCAUAGUCAUGUAUGUCUAUUCAUGCAUUCUGACAACAAGCUACCAACUGUUGAACUUAUCGAUCCGAUAAUUUCAGCAGAGAUACCAGACAGAAUCGAAGAUCCUGAAUUGUAUUCACUUGUAAAUGAGUUUAUGGUUCAUGGUCCAUGUGGAGCUGAAAAUAUGAAUUGUCCAUGCAUGGUGGAUAAAAAGUGCUCUAAAAACUUUCCAAAACAAUUCAAUAAUCAUUCGUCUGUAGAUCAGAAUGGUUUUCCGUUAUAUAGGCGAAGAAACGAUGGUUAUUUUGUAGAAAAAUCAGGUGUAAGGUUGGAUAAUAGAAAUGUUGUUCCAUACAACAAAUAUCUAUUGAAAAGAUAUCAGACACAUAUUAAUAUUGAAUGGUGCAAUCAGGGAUCUUCUAUAAAGUAUUUGUUUAAAUACAUAAAUAAGGGUCCUGAUAGAGCUACAGUUGCUGUUGUACCAACCAACAAUGAAUGUGAAAAUAAUGAUGCGGUCGAUGAAAUAGUUGAAUAUUACGAUUGUAGAUAUUUAUCAGCAUGUGAAGCAUCAUGGCGAAUUUUUACAUAUGAUGUUCAUUGCAGAUAUCCUUCUGUUGUCAGACUGCCUUUUCAUCUUCCUAAUCAACAACAGAUUGUAUAUGGUGAAGACGAUGAUAUUGAUGAUGUUCUUGACAAACCUUCUGUUGCGGCUUCAAAUUUCACAGCUUGGAUGAAAUGUAAUGCAAUCGACAGUGAAGCACGAAAGCUCACAUAUGUUGAAUUCCCUACAAAGUUUGUUUGGAUAUUAAAUGGUCGGUUUUGGAAGCGAAGGAAAGUAGGAAAAGCCAUCGGUAGAAUUCAUUCUGUUUCACCUAAACUAGGUGAGGCAUAUUUCUUAAGGAUUCUUUUAAAUAAAGUAAAAGGACCAACAUCAUUUGAUGAUAUUCGCACGGUAAAUGGUCAAACACAUUCUUCUUUUAGAGAUGCUUGUUAUACACUCGGGCUAUUAGAUGAUGACAAGGAAUACAUUGAUGCAAUUAAAGAAGCAAUAUGUCAAAACCAGAGGUCGUUUGGGAAAAUACAUGGAAAUAUUUGGCAGAUGAAAUUCUAUAUAGACAACGACAAAGAUUUAAGUCUGCAGAAUUGUUACUCGGAGUAG